AUGGUUUCAUAUUGUUCUCCAUCAAAUGAUCGUUUAUUAACAAAAUCUUUAAUUGAAAGUUCAAAUUGUCCAUUUAAAUCUCAUCAUGAUUUUGUUAAUACAUCAGAUUGGAUAAAUGGACUUGAUAUUUGGUCAUCGUCAUCUCUUAAUAAAAAACUUGUUUUUCCUCGAAAUAAUAUAGAUUUUAAUUCAAACAUUGGUCUUUAUUUACCUCGACAAGAUAAAUUAAAAGCAAAUCCAAUAUCAAUUAAAAAUGAUUUUAUAUCUUCAACAAGUUUCACAAAUAAUCUUUUUCCAAAACGUCUUAGACGAUUAUUUAAAAAUGAAAAAAAUCUGUUAAAUGGAAGUGAAAAUAAUUCAACAUUAUCAGAUGAUUGUUUAUCAAUUGAAGAAGAUAAUAAUAAUCAAUCUUCAAAUAAUAAUCAACAAUCACAUUUAAAUCGUAUAAAAUCUACACGAACUCGUUUUCCACUUCGUCAUGUUGAAAGUAGUCAUUAUUCGAAAGAAAAUCAAAUAAAACAAACUGAUCAUUCAUCUAAUCAAGAUAAAUUUAAAAUUUUAUUAAAAAAACAAUUAAAUAGAAUGUUUAAUAAAGAAACAACUAAUCUUAAUUGUAAAGGAACACUUAUAAAAACAAUUUCAACAGAUAUUAAACCUCAAAACAAUAAACCAACAAGAUCAAUAUCUAUAGAAGAUUCAUCAUCAUCAUCAUCAAUUGUUGAACGUUAUACAAAACUUCGUCGUGUAUUAAUAACUCCAUCAAUUGAUGAAACACCAUCAGAUGAUAAAUUAUUAUAUAAUCAACGAUCUCCUGUAUUUUUUCGUGAUCUUUCAACUCUUGGUUUAUCAGUCAAACCAUUAGGAUUUUCUCCUCAAAGAACUCUUCCAAAUAAUUCAUCUGAAGUAAUAUCCCAACAAGAUAAUAAUUCAUCAUUAAAUCGUUCAUUAAAUCAAUCAGUCUCUCGUUGUAGUUCAGUUCAUCCAAAUGAUGAACAAAGAAAUUUAUUAAAACGUCAUUCAGAUAAAGGAUUUAUUUCAUCAACUGAAACUUUUUCAAAUAGAAAUUCAUUUGAAGAUCAAACUCAAUCUGUUAGAAAUUUUCAUCGGAAUCAUCGUUCAGCAUCAAAAUCAGCAUAUCGAAGAUCAAAAAUUACUCAAUUAUUACCAACAGUUACAACAGAAAAAUGUUUUCUUAUUCCUAUUUCAAAUCAUCGAUAUUUAUAA